AUGAGUGGGCGGCCGGUGCUAGUCAAGGACUACUACCCUUCGCCGCCCGCGGCAGUGUUGCCGAUGUGCCCCGUGUCGCCGGGUGCAUCUUCAACGUCGCACCUCUGGAUCGGCGAAGAGACGAGGCGCUCGAUGCCACCGCAUGUGUACAAGUAUUAUUUGCAGCGGACGCGUUGCUAUAGGAGACAAAGCUUGCGGCCGCGUGCCGUACUGGCAGCUUUGCAACGUCGCAGGCGGCGGGAAGCGGCGCGCGCCGCCAUUCAACAGCCGCCGCCGCAGCAGCUGGUCCGUAAGACCGGAGGCGGCAGUAUUUCGCCGAAAACGGUGCCGCGCGGUCUCAUGACCGUCCCCGCUAGACACGUUGUUGAUACCUUACCGCCGCCCCUGCCCCCCCACCACCCGCAUUUCUUCUGCGUAGAGUGCCCCGCGUACGGGGCCCCCCCGACGCGGGCGCCGCCCUCGCGUCACGGGGGGGCCUCGGUCGGUUCCUCGCAGACGUGGUGCGACCGCCAACCGGCCCCGGGCCGCUCCUCCGACCCCGUCACCCCCGUCGGCGGGCCCUCCGUCUUGUCGCUGAGGCAGCCGCCCCCCGAAAGCCCCUUCCAUCAGACGUGCCCCGUGCACAGCCCCUUCAGGUACAGGCUGCUGCAGAACGGCGCGCAGUUGGAUUACCAUCAGCAUCACCAGGUGGAUUAA